CCAAUCACAACCGUCCAUCUCAUAAGCAACGGUUCUAAACAAUUGAACUUACCUUGUUUCUGAAACACUGGAUCAGCCCCUCUACGUAUAUAUCGGCUCACCACCUUCUCCAAAGUCAACAGUAUCUCUUGCUUUUUUUCUGUUCUCUGCAAGAUUCAGUCUCUUCUCAUUUCUCAAGAUCCGUCUUUCUUAUCGUUUCCCUGAAAUACCCUCCUUGUUUUAUGGCAAUGCCACUAAUGUCCUCCCCUCCUUUGCUUCCCGUCUCAGCACCGGCUACCACCGCAACUGCUACCACCAACAUCCAAUCCACCACCGCAAUCUCUCUUUUAAGAUCCUUCCUCACGCGGCUCACGGCAUAUGUGCGCCACGCACUCUGCAACAGCCGGCCUUGGACCGAGCUAAUAGAUUGGACCGCAUUCUCCAGGCCGGAGUCACUCUCCGAUGGCGUCUCGCGCGUUCGAAAGAACUUCUCCUAUUUCCGGACCAACUACAUGAUCCUCCUAGCUCUCCUACUCGUCGGCUCUCUGCUCACGCAUCCAUUCUCUCUCCUCCUGCUCCUCUCUCUCAUGGCAGCAUGGCUGUUUCUCUACGCUUUCCGGCCGUCGGAUCAGCCAUUGACCCUCGGCGGACGUACGUUCUCCGAUCACGAAAUCCUGGCGAUAUUGUGCACGCUGACAUUGGUGGUGAUCUUCCUCACCAGCGUGGGAUCACUUCUCAUGUCGACAAUUAUGAUUGGGCUGGCAAUUGUGGCGGCACACGGUGCGUUUAGGAUUCCGGAGGAUCUGUUUCUUGGGGAGCAAGAGGCGUUUGGAUCUGGAUUGUUCUCACUUGUCGGUGGGGCAGCUUCGUCUGCUGCCGCUGCAGCACCUGUGAUAGUGUCGCACGUCUGAAGCUUGAAACAUUAGAAUCAGAGGAGCCGGAUGGGUAUAUUGAUUGGCAGGGGAAUUAACAAAUAAAAUUUGUGUGUUCCACUUUCUCACUUGAGCUAAUGAAUGGAUUGUAAGUUGUAACUGAAAUUUCUUUCUAAUGGAAAUGCAAACAAUUCUUACUGAUCUAUUAACU